GGAGAGGCCAGCGGAGGCCGCGGCGGAGCCAGGCUGGGGGGGUGGCAGGAGGAGGAGCGGGAGCGGGCUGGUGGCGGCGGCGGCCCGCGACCCCCCAGCCCCGAGCCCCAGCGGCACCAUGGCCUUCCGAGGGAUCCGGGCCGGGGGGCAAGGGAGCAGCCACGCCGAAGAUCAUGGCAAAAAGCAGAGUUCAAGUUGGGUUAACGGCAUGGAGAGCAGUAGCCACCACCACCACCAGCAGCCUGGACCGUCGGGGGAGAAGAGAAACCACCAUUGGAGAAGUUACAAGUUGAUUAUUGACCCCGAGCUGAAGAAGGGGCAGCACAAACUCUACCGUUACGAUGGACAGCAUUUCAGCAAAGCUACUCAGUGCUUUCUCUCGGUGAAAAUCGAGGACCCGAGGGUCAGAAGAACAUGGACAAAAACCAAGGAGUUGGAACUUCGUGUCCCCAAAUUCAAGAUCGAUGAAUUCUACGUGGGGCCGGUGCCUCCCAAGCAGGUGACUUUUGCCAAACUGAAUGACAACAUCAGGGAAAACUUCCUGACCGACAUGUGCAAGAAAUAUGGGGAGGUGGAGGAGGUGGAGAUCCUGUACAACCCCAAGAACAAGAAGCAUUUGGGCAUUGCCAAGGUGGUCUUUGCCACCGUGAAGGGGGCUCGGGAGGCUGUGCAGCAUUUACACAACACCUCGGUCAUGGGCAACAUCAUUCACGUGGAGCUGGACACUAAAGGCGAAACUCGAAUGCGAUUCUACGAGUUGCUGGUGAAUGGCCUCUACACCCCCCAGACCCUCCCAGUGGGCAUCGAGCUGGAAACCUCCCCGACAGUCAAUAAAACUUUGCAGCUAACAGAUGCCUUGAAGCGCCUGAAGGACGGUAGCGUGGCCUCCGCCAGCUCCUCGGCAUCGGUCACUCCCAACAGCAGCACGCCCUUCUCCCACGAUACCGCCUAUUCCAGCAGCCGCCUGGACACCCCCAACUCCUACGGCCAGUGCACGCCUCUCACUCCCCGCCUGGGCACCCCCUUCUCCCAAGAUUCCAGCUACUCCAGCCGCCAACCUACGCCCUCUUACCACUUCAGCCAAGACUCGGGCUACAAGGCCCGCCGUCAUGAGACCAAGUUCACGGACGCCUACAACCGCCGGCACGAACACCACUAUGUCCACAACUCCUUGGGAGCUUUCCGCUCCUCGGAGCACACAUUUGGCACCACCGCCACCUCCAGCAGUGGGGGUGGGGGCGGGGGUGGUGGAAGCAGCUCCUAUAAGCCCCACGUCCAGCCAGAGGCCCCCCAGUAUUCCCAUACUCCCCCCUCCGCACCCCUGGGCCACACUAGCUCCAACUACAAGUCGGCCUUCUCCCCAUAUCAGGCUCCAGCCCUGUUUGCCCCACACCCAGAGGAACCAGCGACCAUGCCAGCCUUUGCCCAGGGGGGACGGGACAGUGGGGAGUACCGCCGGGCACAGCCCCCUGUCGAGCCCCCAGCUGUUGUGGCCCCUCCGGCCAAAGAGAGGCCCGAGACUCCCCCUGUCCCACCCCCACCCCCACCCCCUGAGCUGAACAGCAGCCUGGAGCCCAGUGGGGGCCCUAACUUUGGCUGGAGCCCCGAACGUUGCAAUAGCCCCAGGACGCCAACCCUGGAGUCAUCCCCGUCAUCCUCAGAGAAGCCACACGACAGCCUAGACUCCCGCAUUGAGAUGCUUCUGAAGGAGCAGAGAACCAAACUGCCCUUUUUGCGGGAACAUGACUCGGACACGGAGCUGCGCAUGGAGGGCAGCCCCAUCUCCUCUUCUUCCUCGCAGCUUUCCCCACUCCCCACGUUUGGCCCCAAUUCCCAACCGAGCUUCCGAGGCCAGACCCCGUCCUCUCGCCCAUCCAGCACCGGCCUGGAGGACAUCAGCCCCACCCCCCUGCCAGACUCAGACGAUGAGGACCUGGGCUUGGGCCUGGGCCCUCGCCCCCCACCCGAGCCAGGCCCCCCUGACCCAGCCGGUCUGCUGGGCCACGGGGCCGAGACGACCAAGGAGAUGGCUGGGGAGAGGACGCCCACCUCGGAGAAGAUGGAUGAGGGUCAGCAGUCCUCAGGAGAGGACAUGGAGAUCUCAGAUGAUGAGCUGCCCUCUGCACCCAUCACCAGUGCCGACUGCCCCAAGCCCAUUGUGGUGAACUCAUCGGUCACCACGCCGGCAGUGCUGGCAACAUCCAUCCCUCUGCCACCCCCCGGCUUCCCACCGCCACUGCCACCUCCGCCACCACCUCCUCCCCAGCCUGGUUUCCCCAUGCCGCCCCCUCUGCCCCCACCGCCCCCACCACCCCCGCCCCCCACCCACCCGGCAGUAACAGUGCCACCCCCACCCCUGCCAGCACCCCCACCCCCUCCAGGGGUGCCCCCACCCCACAUCCUGCCCCCACUGCCCCCCUUUCCUCCGGGCAUGUUUCCCAUGAUGCAGGUGGACAUGAUGAAUGUGCUGGGUGGCCAGUGGGCCGGGAUGCCCAUGUCCUUCCAGAUGCAGACACAGAUGCUUAGCCGGAUGAUGCAGGGUCAGGGGGUGUGCCAAUACCCACCGUUCAUGGGGAGCGGCAUGCAGUUUGUGAACUUGCCCCCUUACCGGCCCUUCUCCAUGGGAGGGGCAGUGGGGCGGGGCCAGCAGUGGCCCCCGCUGCCCAAAUUUGACCCAUCGGUGCCACCUCCGGGCUAUAUGCCCAAGAAGGAAGACCCACACAAGGCCACUGUAGACGGCGUCCUGCUGGUGAUUGUCAAGGAGCUGAAGGCCAUCAUGAAGCGGGACCUGAACCGCAAGAUGGUGGAGGUGGUAGCCUUCAGGGCCUUCGAUGAAUGGUGGGACAAGAAGGAGCGGAUGGCCAAGGGGAUCCACCUCUCUCUCCCGGGUAUCCAUAGAGGAACGGCUGAGAUGGCCCCAGAGAAGGGAAGUGAAUUACCCAAGGUCACACAGCAGGUAGCAUCACUGACCCCAGUGAAAUCGGGCGAGCAUAAAGAUGAAGAGAGGCCAAAGCCCAAAGACCGCCUCACAUCCUGCCUGCUGGAGAACUGGAGCAAGGGUGAAGGGCUGGGCUACGAGGGCAUGGCACUGAGCAUUGGCCUCCGUGGGGCCAUCCGGCUGCCCUCUUUUAAGGUUAAGAGGAAGGAACCACCCGACCCAGCCUCCACUGGAGACCAGAAGAGGUUGCGGCCCUCCACCUCAGUGGAUGAAGAAGAUGAAGAGUCAGAAAGGGACAGAGACAUGUCUGAUAUCCCCUCAGACCUCUCCAAGAAGGACCCGGAUGGUGUCAGCAUCCGGAGGCGGCCGGCCCGGCCCCUGGAGCUGGAUAGCGAGGGGGAGGAAGAGGAUGACAAGGAGGAGUCAUCUUCCUCCUCUUCUUCGUCGUCUUCAUCAUCCUCAUCGUCGUCUUCAUCACUGUCAUCAUCGUCAUCAUCAUCCUCAGAGAAGGAAGAAGAUGAAGAAGACAGGCUAGCCAAGACCUCAUCCGACAAGGAAGAAGAAGAGGAGGAUGUCGAUGAGGAAGAGGAGGAGGACGAAGAGGACGAUGAAGAAGAUGAAGAAGAAACAGCUGAGGUGGAGAUGAGUGAGAAGGAAGGCCUGAACUCUGACGAAGAGGAUGUUCGGAGCAUGGCCUCAUCCAAGGUAGAGCCAGCAUCUUCUGAAGAGAGUGAGGAUUCUUCAGACUAUGAGUCCACUUCAGAGUCUGAGGAAGAGGAGGAAGAAGAGGAAGAGGAGGAAGAGGAGGAAGAAGAGGAGGCCGUGGCGGCUGCGGAGGCCGAGUCAGAGGAGGUAAUGGAGGAAGCACCAGCUGGGGAAGGCCAAGACCUGCCAGGAGCCGAAAUUGCAAUGGAGGCUGGAACCAUCGUCAAGGAGGAGGAAGAGGAGAUGAUUACCAUCUUGGAGCUGACACCAGUGAUGGAUGAGCCUGGGUCAACAGGCUUGAGGGCAGAGGAGACGGUUGGAAGUGGGGAUGCCCCUGAACAGCCUGGUCUCAAGCAGGUGGACAUGAUGCUGGAAGAGCUGCCUACACCUGGGCCACCAGAGCCACAGAGACACUUGACCCCAUCACCUGUGGAUGCUUCAGGGGAAGAGACGGAGUUGGAGUCCUCGGAGGUCCUCAAGGAGAUGUCUUUUCUGUCACGACCGCCAAGCCCACCUGGCCUCCCCCCAGAGGCCACACCUCAACAGGGCAGCUUCCUUCGGGAGGUCGAGGUGGAGGGCCGGCCCCACACCAUAGGCCCCAAGGUGGUCCUUCCUCUGGAGCCAGAGUCCCUUAGGCUUCAGCCUCUGUUCCCUGCCAGGCCCUCCCAGCCACUGCCUCUCCUAGAAGAGCCCCUACCUGAAGAACUCCCCCCUCGAACACCAGGCCGGGACCCUCUGGCCAAGUCCCAGAGCACAGAGACUGUGCCUGCCACACCAGGCAGUGAAACCCCCCUCACUGCCAGCAGCCUGGCCCUCAGCUCCCCCCAGGUCCCCAGCAGUCCCUUCUCUUAUCCGUCUCAGUCUCCUGGACUCAGUGGCGGUGGCAUCCCUCGGACGCCUGGGCGAGACUUUAGCUUCACACCCACCUUUCCCGAGCCCAUGGGGCCCUUACCGCUGUCUGUAUGUUCCCUCCCACCUGGCAAGAAGCUCCCUGGGGACGAUCGGCCAGGCCCUGGUGCUCCGACGUCUUCCAGCCCCCUAGAAUCCGGUUUCCCCCUACCUGUGUCUUUACCUGUGCCCCUUUCAGUGCCAGUCCCUCUGCCAGUCCCUCUGACUCUCCCUCCAGGUCCAUUGCUACCCCGAUCCCCCACCUUGCUACCUCUGCCCUUGACCUUGCCCCUGGCUCUGCCUCUGGCCCCUUCCCUACCAACUCCAUGCCCUUCUCCCAUAAAGAGAAAGCCCGGGAGGCCCAAACGUUCCCCACCAGCCGUGCUCACCCUGGAUGUGCCUCCAGGAAGGCUCGCCACCUUGCCUCCUGAGGCAGCAGGCCACAAGCUGCUACUGCUGGCAGGGCAGCCACCCGCCACCGCUGCCUUCCACGGGGCACCAGACCCCCGGGUCGUGACGCUGGACUUCAGGAACGACGGGGGCCUCCCUCCCCCACCCCCGCCCCCACCUCCUCCCCCACCCCCGCCUGAUGAGGCCACCAAGCUCCCUUUCAAAGAGCUUGAGAAUCAGUGGCUCGAAGAGCCGCCUCCCCCCAGCCUCGGGCUGGAGGAAGAAGUAGACAGUGGUAAUGGGGGUGGCUUCAGCAAGCCCAAAUUGCCUUGGCGCCGGCCUCCCAAGAAGCGGCAUGAAGACAUGGUUGUACCCCCUCUGCCCCCACCUUCCCCUGACUUCCCAUCACCCCAGCGGCCCCUCUUCCGGCCCCGCUCAGAGUUUGAGGAGAUGACCAUCCUGUAUGACAUCUGGAAUGGUGGAAUCGAUGAGGAGGACAUCCGCUUCCUUUGUGUCACCUACGACCGGCUCCUGCAACAAGACAAUGGCAUGGACUGGCUCAAUGACACGCUCUGGGUCUACCAUCCCUCCACCAGCUUCUCUACUCCCAAGAAGAAAAAGCGAGAGGACGGCAUUCGGGAGCAUGUAACCGGCUGCGCUCGCAGCGAGGGUUACUACAAGAUCGACAAGAAAGAUAAACUAAAAUACCUCAACAAUAGUCGCGCCUUUGCCGAGGAACCCCCAGCAGACACCCAGGGCAUGAGCAUCCCUGCCCAGCCACAUGCCUCCACCCGGGCGGGCUCCGAGCGCCGCUCAGAACAGCGGCGCCUUCUCUCCUCCUUCACAGGAAGUUGUGACAGUGACCUGCUCAAGUUCAACCAGUUAAAGUUCCGGAAGAAAAAGCUGAAGUUCUGCAAGAGUCACAUCCACGACUGGGGUCUUUUCGCCAUGGAGCCCAUCGCAGCCGAUGAAAUGGUCAUUGAGUACGUGGGCCAGAACAUCCGGCAGGUCAUCGCAGACAUGCGGGAGAAACGCUACGAGGAUGAGGGUAUUGGGAGCAGCUACAUGUUUCGGGUGGACCACGACACAAUCAUUGACGCGACAAAGUGUGGCAACUUUGCCAGGUUUAUCAACCACAGCUGUAAUCCAAACUGCUAUGCCAAGGUCAUCACCGUGGAGUCCCAGAAGAAGAUCGUCAUCUACUCCAAGCAGCAUAUCAGUGUCAAUGAAGAGAUCACCUAUGAUUAUAAAUUCCCCAUCGAGGACGUCAAGAUCCCCUGUCUGUGCGGCUCCGAAAACUGCCGGGGGACUCUGAACUAGGAUGCCAGGGAGCUGGGUGUGCUUUGCCAAAAAAAACAGAAAAAGAAAGGGAAAAAGGAAGAAUCCCAGCAGUCCAGCCCGGCCAGUGGGUUGCUUCGGGCACAGGCUCACACACGCCCAGCUCUCCCCAACCACCCUCAGGUGCUGUCCCUCUCCCCAGGCCCAGCUUUGGGUCACCCCAACACUACCCUCCCUCUGGAAUCCUCCCUCUACCUCCUCCCCUGCUCCUUCCUCCUACUUGUGGGAAAAGACCCUCCCUCCCUCCUCCCUUCCUCCCUCUGUUUUUUUAAUUAUUUUUAAUGAAUUUUUUAAAAGUCACACAGACAUAUCCCCUCUCAUACAGUUGCUGCUACAUUUUUUCCUCCUCCUCAAAAACAAGGACAAAAAGGACAUUUUUACCAUUCAAAUGUGAAGCCAGAGAUGGAGGGAGAAAGACCGUGCUUUUCGAAAGAGAUUAGGGAACAGAGUUUGGAGGAGGAGGAGGAGGAGGAGAAAGAACAGGGAUCUAGGGGAGGCUUGGGCGCCCCGGCCCUGCCUAUUGGCUCUCUGCUCCUUGGGGUGUUUUAGGAACCCUCCCUUCUCUCCCCAGCCCCGCUCUCUGAGACCCUCCCCUCUGCCCUAACCUCAGCCUUGGGACGAUGCCGGAGGAGGGAGCAAGGGCCAUGGGUCUUCUCCAUAACACUAUCCCUCUGGGCGUCAUUCACUCAAGGGUUGGCUGGGAGGCACUUGGGAAGAAGGGAUUCUCUGGAAGGGGAAGGGCCUUGCUGCCUUGCCUCCUCCGGCCCCUGGACGCUCUGUGCCCUAGUCUUGGGGAGCAGGGAAAUACUGAAAACCAACGGUUAGCCUCCUGCCCCAACCCCCGCCCCCCUCCCCCCACGUUUUACCUGCCCGUCCCCCCCUCCCCCAGCUCCUCUGUAUGUUGGGAUGGCCUCCUGUGCCCGCUCGCUCUUGCCCUCCCUCCCCAGGUCUGAACUGGGGACUUCCAAGCUGUUCAUACCAGGUGGGGAAACUGGCCUGCUUGGCUUAUUCGCUUACUCUUUUUCUUGAUCUGUCUUCCUUCCCUGCUGCCGGGGAGCUGGGCAGGUGCUAUGACUACGUUGAGAAGUGGGACAGAAGUGGGCGUGGGGGAGCCUGGCUUCUUGGGGUUCACCUUCUCAGACCCUGUUCCUUGCCCUUGCCUCCCCCACCCCCACCCGUACCCCAUGGCCAGCCCCUGGGAGCCAGCAGGGGGCACGCCUGGAUCUCUAAAAUGUUUACUUUCUCAUUCAGAUGCCAGCAAGAAGGGGGUAAGACAGAGUGGUCAGGGCGAGGAAGGGGACCUUCCAAAGGAAACCAACCCUCCAGCCCAGCCACUGACCUGCCCCUUGACCGCCAGCAGCCAAGGCAGGGCCCUUUUGGUGCUGUGAAGUUUACUCCCCAAGAACCCAGGGAAGGGCACUGGGCAGGGACCCUCUAUGGACGGGAGCCCUCCCUAGUGCUCAGCUCAUCCGGGCUGGCUCCUUCUCUGGGAGACGUGGUGGAAACCCAGGGGAGAAGAGGCCCGAGGGCUGCUCCCCAACGCUGAUGUGCUUCCUACCUUCUCCCCUUUCCCCCGAAGCUCUUCUUCCUUUCUCUGCCAUUACGGGUUGUCUUUUUUGAUGGGUGUUUCCUCUUUCAGAAGACACCCCCCCAAACUUUCAUCUGCUCUCUGCUGGGAUCCCUGGGCCCAGGGACCCCAUUGGGCUUCCCUCACCUCACCUCUGUCCAUCCGUCCGUCCGUCCGUCCGUCCAUCUGUCCUACUUACCGCCAGCCCGUCUACUUCCCUGUCUCUAUCCAGGAUCCCCAGGGUGGGCCAGGGAGGGACGGGAGCCCAUCUGGAAGAUAUUUAUAUUGAGAGAAAAACAAUGCAAAGUUUCAUUUUCUCCAGUGAGGAAGGAAAAAGAAACGGAUUUUUAACGUUGGACGGAAGUCUCGAGUAGCUUUCAGCAGGCGUGUCCCCAUCCCCUCACCUCCCACCUUUUCAGGAUUCAUUUCACUGCUUUUUUGCGUACAGAACAAGAAGGACAUAAAGGACACCCGACAAAAAAGCCACAAGCAUUUUGAAGUUCAAAAUCGACGCAUCAUCUGUACAUAGGCCGCUGGGAUGACCUUCUCUUGGGAACAUUGUUUCUUGUAGAAACACGUGGGAAAUUUUUUUUUUUGAGGAUUUCUUUGUACUUAGGGGGGAAAAGCCCCGAUAAACCCAACAACAGUGAGCUUGUAAAUACUUUAGGAGAAAAGGAACUUAUUCUAAUUUGGACUCGUUUUUAGCAAGAUGACAGCUUUCCCUCCGAGCCGCCCGCUGACGCCCCAGCUCACGCGAGGAGCCGCUAGCAUCUCUCUCUCAGCUUGUGUCAAGCUUCUUACUAUGUAAAUUCUGUACAAAAGAACUUGGGUUUGGUUUUGUUUGGGGCUUUGGGUUUGGUUUUGUUUGGACUUUUUUUUGUUCUUUUUGUGUGUGUGCUCUGACUGCGUGUGUGCGCGUGUGCGAGAGUGAGUGUGUGUCCAAUUAGACAAAAUUAGCAGCAUCCAAAUGGAGGGAAAACGCAGGCCAGCCUUUGUUAGGCCUUUCCUUUCUGUUUUGGGUUCAGGCCUUGUCUGCCAACUUAAACGUGCAAGAGAGGAAAAAAAAAGAAUAUAUAUAUUUAUUUCACAGAAGGAAGACUUGUACAGUGUAUGGAAAAGGGCCUAUUUAAGCAAGUUCUGGAUUUCCCUACCCCCACCCUUCCCUUAAGAGAUGGUUCUCUCCCAAACUUCAGAUUGGGGCAAGCUCAAAGGGAGGGGGGGAGGCAGAAGAUGGCGUGGAUGAGACCCUUCCCCGAAUCGCUCCCUCUCCUCUCCCUUCAAGUGUGGCCCCUCCUUCAGAGAAGGCCAGGGAGAUGGUUUGCAGUAACAAAGAAAAUACAGUCGUCUUUGGGGUUGAUUUGAUUUGACAAAACUCUUUGCUUUGAAGAUUCCUGCCUCUGGGUUUUGUUUUUUGUUUCUUUCGGUUUUCUCCGCCUCCCCCCCUAAAACAAAAAGCAAUUAAAUUUCUGGGCCAUUCAUUCUGUGCAUCUAGACCCCGUCCUCUGUACGUCGUCACCUGUUUUUGAAGAGAAAUGUUUCUGUUGUGGGUGCAUCUUGCUGUAAAUAUUUGUUCAUAUUUUUGUGAAUUCAAUACUAUGUACCAUUGUAUUAUAGUAACUUUUAUAAAGCAAACCAUAAAUAUACUGACUUUUCUUACAGA